UCUGCCCGUGCGCGUGCGCAGCCGAAGCGGAUUCUAAACGGAGUUUGAAUAGUGUCGCAGUCAAUCUGGGUUGAGUUGGAGCUGCUCGGUACCAUGCUAUCACCUGAGGCGGAGCAGGUGCUGCGGUACCUGGUGGAGGUGGAAGAGCUCGCCGAGGAGGUGCUGGCGGACAAGCGGCAGAUUGUGGACCUGGACACCAAAAGAAAUCAGAACCGGGAGGGCCUACGGGCCCUGCAGAAGGAUCUCAGCCUCUCUGAAGAUGUGAUGGUUUGCUUCGGGAGCAUGUUUAUCAAGAUGCCUCACCUUCAAACGAAGGAAAUGAUUGAGAAAGAUCAGGAUCAUCUGGAUAAAGAAAUAGAGAAACUCCGGAAACGACUUAAAGUGAAGGUCAACCGCCUCUUUGAGGCCCAAGGCAAACCAGAGUUGAAGGGUUUUAACCUGAAUCCCCUCAACCAGGAUGAACUUAAAGCUCUCAAGAUCAUCUUAAAAGGAUGAAACUCAAGAACCAAGAUGGGGUACCAAAGACAGCUUCUCUCCCCGACCCCUCCUCCCCCCACCAGCGGUCAUGGAGGACCCAGGACUCUCCAGCUUUAUAACCUGCAAGGACAUGAUCUACCCUGUUAGGAGCUAGGCGUCAGGAAUCUGAGCAUGAGGAACCUGUCUGUGGGGAUUGCUGCUCUGUGACGGCAGGAGGGAGCCCUCAGCCUGCCAGUGUCUGCUGGGUCCAGCCACUGGAGCUGGAUGGACACAAGACCCAUUGAUAGGCCCCAGCAGCCACCAGUGGUGGGUGGGGGCCGUGCCUGUGAAGGCGUGAGAAUGACCACAGCAGGCGCUUUUAACAAGGGCCUGCUGUUCAGAUGGGCCCCUGGCAGCCGCAGGGAGCAUCAUUCCUGCAUUCCUUUCAGGAAGAGAGGCAUUCUCAGGCAGCAUGUGGUGGAAUUGGAAUAA